AUGGUUCGCGCUAUCCGCCCCCCUCGCCCUACCUACACGAACUCCCAAGUCUCGGGGUUUUACUUCCGCCCGUGUCGCGACGAGAACGACGAGGUGAUUCUCGAGUAUUUCCGUUGCCGUUGCGGCACGGUUCGGAAGCAAACCCAUAGGAACGGGUACUCCAACCUGAUGCAACAUAUCAGGCGGGAGCACCCUGACUACGAGACCGUCAUGCUCGACGCUACGACGGCGGAGACAGGCUCCCUCGUGAACUUCGUCCGCCACUCGGCGCUCAACCUCCACGGCUGGAUGGUUUGGAUUGUCAUGUGCAACCUGCCACUCUCUUUUUGUGAGAGCCGAGAAGCUCGGCGCCUGGACCCCAUCUCGGAGGAAACGCUGCGGGCUGGCAUGGACGGGGUCGUCGUCGCCGUCGAGCGUUCGAUUGCGUCGGAGCUCCCAGCACGCUUCGGCAUCAUGCUCGACGGCUGGACACACGCAUCUGAGCACUACAUCGCCGUGUUCGCGUGCUAUGAGGUGAACGGCUGUCCCAAGACAACGCUACUCAGCAUGGCCCCGCUGCUGGACGCGCUGGACGACGAUCUCUCCGCGCAGGGCCAUCUCGAGUUUCUAACCAUGCUGCCGCGCGAUUACGGCGUACAGCUGGCGCAGUGUCGCUUCCUCGUAGCUGACAACUGCGCCGUAAACCGGCGGCUGGCAACUCUUAUGAGUGUGCCGCUUGUUGGUUGCGCAAGCCACCGCCUGAACCUUGCUGUUCAGGCGGGCAUGGCGUCGCAUGAGGAAGACCUAGCUGCUGUGCAGACGCUCAUGAUAAAAUUGCGUACUCUCACCCAAUCUGCCAAACUACGCUCUACGUUCGAGAUGGUACGGCGCUACCUCCAGCUCCUCGAGUUGCUUGACGCCGAAGACGACGACCUCAUGGACCUGCUGCCGCCGCCGGCGAUGAACAAGCGACUGCGGGCAUUGUACGAGGAGCUGUGCGACAUCGAGUCGGUCUCGAAGGCCCUUCAAGGCCACGACGUCGACCUGCUGGACGUUCGCGAGUGGUUCGACGAGCUGAUCGCUGUCAAGCAACAAUAUGGGCGCUACAUUGGGCCUCGGGCCAACAUUGUGCACAACCCAGAUUUUGAGGCUGGGUGUCCCUUCGAAGCUGCCAGACCGGACGACGCGGCCGCGAGUGAAGAGGAGGAGGAUCCAGCCGCGUCGUUCGUGGAGCGUCUUCGGAAGCCCCGGCGGCUUGCACAGGACCGUGUCAAGUAUGAGCAGCUGAAGAGCAUCCCACCCACGUCGAACGUGGUGGAACGCUUCUUCAGCAUUGCUCGGGUAACGUUUGGUCAUCAACGAGACGGCCUGCUGCCACGCACGCUUGAGACGAUUUUGUUUCUCCGCCAGAAUCGGUCGUACUGGGAUGCAACGACUGUGGACAAUUUGAGCUAG